CAAUUAUUACCUAUAGACUGAAGUACGUGUUGGUUUAUUUUCAUUCGUGACGGUACAAAGUUGUAGGUGCAGGUCCAAAAAGAAUGGAAUGCAUGGUUUCCUUCGUAAAGGCACGGGAUUAUUAUAACGAAACAUGGGCAACCGAGCGAAGAGAAAUUCUCAAAGAAUUAGAAAGCUUUAGGGAUGAAAUUCAACGACAAGCAAAAAUUCAUUCUAUUGGAUCCAUUACUUACUCCAGUGUCGGGCUUGUUGGGGGAGGAUUAGCCAUUGCAGGAAUAGUCACUGCUCCUUUUACUUUUGGUGCUUCUCUUGGAUUAACCGUGGCUGGUAUUGUAACAGGUGUGACAUCUGGUGUCGCGGGUGUUACUCAUGGAGCAGUCAAAUUUGGAAUAGUUAAAAAACAGUGUAAUAAUGCCAAAACGAGUUUAGAAAACCAUGAUAAAUCAUGUAAAGAGAUGAAGAGUUUGUUAGAACUGCUAAAGCAGGAUAUUGAUACAACAGAGGCGAGCAUCAAGGAUGGCAAUGAAUUGAAGACUUCCUUUGUAGGCGAAGGUUUUCAAGGAUUCGGAGGUACAGUUGGAGUUGUUAAGGGAGUUGUAAAUCUGGUGAAUAACUCAAAAGCAGUUGAGGUGUACAGGAUUACAGGCAGCGUGGAUGAGGUUGCUAGGGUGUUGAGACUUGGAACAGCGUUGGAUGACAUAGUUCCAUCGGCACUUAAGGAUGUCUCAAAAGGGGUUACAAAAUUAUCUACAAAAGCUCUGAGCGUCCUAGCAGCUGUCGGAAUCGUUAUCGAUUUGGGAGCUUUGAUUUAUAGCGCAGUUGACCUGUCUAAAAUCAAUAAAGGCAAACUGUGCACCGAGGCAGUGAAACUUCAGAGCGUCAUUGCACAAAUUCAAGACGAGUAUAAUGCCCUAACAAAAUGCUUCAAUUAAACAAAAAUUGCUAAAUAGGCGUAAUGGGAAAUGUUUCUAGAGUCUAAUUAAAGUUUUAUAUCGUGAGCAUACAAAUACAUUCAACAUUUCAGCUAUAAUUAGUGUAAAAAAGUGGCCAAAGUAACGGCAAAACGUAUGAUUAAACAAUUUCUGUAUCUACAAAUGUCAUGUUAUCAAAUUAUCAGGUUUUUUCAAUAAAUUAUAUCCCCGUAUUAAAUCAUAUCAAUGAAUAGGUAUCCUAAUGUCAUCGAGUAGUUUUACAUGUGACGUGUGUACAAACUUUGAAAGCAUAAACAUUUGUUUUAAUACCAUUGGUGUAUUGCAAAUCACUUUCUUUUCAACACUCUUUCAUUGAAGUCUAACUGUAUUAGGAUGUUUUAGCUGCAGUGGAAUGCAAAUAUUAUAGCUUAAGCGCUUUCAUGUUAAGA